UUGCUUGUUCUGGCUGCACGACUGGCGUUUUGGCACCCCGUCCGCUGUGAGCGCUGCGUGAAUGCCCCUCUUUUCCUCCUUGCGCAACGUCGCACCUGGCUAGGCUGUCUGUGCGACCACGCGACACGAAGCUGCUCGAUUAUAGAAAAGCGGCUAGCGUUCCUGUAAGGCACUAGCCAGCCAAAACUCACCACAGCAUAGGGUUUCAGGGUGUGGGAGCGCCCCUCGGGCCAGUUGGGGACGUUUUGGGGAAGGCCCGCAGCACACACAUCGCUCCCCUGGGCCGCGCCCGCCGCGCGCCCACCGCCGGCACACCGGAACGGUGCUGGUGCUCUCUGAGACCUCAGUUGUCGACGCCGCGGCCCCGGCGCCGCCGCGGGCCCGCCCCCGGACAAAACCAAAGGACAAUGGACGGCGAGCAUUUCCUCCAGGUCGUCAGCCGGCGGCUCGGCCUCGCGCCGCCGAUGCACCUGAGCAAGACGCCGGCGGCCCGCGAUUUGCACGCCAUUGCCGAGCUGCUGGCGGCACGGGCGCCGCUGGGCGUCGCCCUCGUAUUAGACGCGGCUUCGCAGCACCUCGGCGGCCUCGUCUUGGAUGCGCGGCACCGCGUCUGCGCCGACGCGUUCACGCCGCGGUCGGUGCGCCAGGAGCUGCGGGCCGCCGGCAGCGAGGCGGCCGCGGCCGAGGCCGUCGCGAACGUGGCCGUCGAGGCCAUGGCCGAGGCGCGCUUCCGGCACGGCCCCGCCGCGCGCGUCGCCGUGCUCGUGUUGCGCGUCGGCGAGUACGACGUCAUCGCGGCCGUCGAGGGCGUCGCGGCCGUGCCGCGGCCGGUGGCGCCGCCGGCGUCGUCGGACACGCGCGAGCUCGUCCUCUGGCGGCCGACCCCCACCACGCAGCCGCCGCGGACGCGGUGGACCAUCCCCGUCGCGCCCGUCGAGCUGCCGCCGCCGCCGCCGCCGGCCGCCGUGACGCCGCCUUCGAGCCGCGCGCUGACGCCGGUCCGGGCCAAGCGCCGCUUCGUCGACGGCGACGGCGACGCGCGCGCGAGCAAGCGGCCGAUGCGCUCGUGCGUCAACCGCUUCUUCGCCAGCGCGCCGGGCAAGCGGUCCCGGAGCCGGAGCCCCUCGCCGAGCCCGCGCAAGAGGCGCUUGAGUGCAAUGUCCCCCUGAUAAGAUAUGUUAUAG